ACUGACACGUCCCAGCCGAAAAACGCAUAAAACCGAAAAAAAUUUCUUCACUGAUCCAAAGAUAAUCUUUCCAGUAAAUCACGUUCUUAACACAGCACGGUGUAACCUGGGGGUCAGACCUUUGAUCGAUGCAAGUUCAUUGAAAUCAAUUCGAACCCGUUCAUCGCGACAACAGAGCACUUAAAAGCUGUUCAAACUUCAGCUACUUUAGUUAACAAAAGUCCUUGUCGUGCUAUCAGCCUUAGCAAUCAGAGGUUAUCCAGAAGCCAAAGAAAUGGACAAUAAUACAGCAGGAGAGAGACGGAUAGUGAUUGGUGUGGAUGGAAGCCAGCACAGUGCAAGAGCUUUCCAGUGGUUAGUCAAGAAUAUGUGUAACAUGGAAAAGGACCGACUACUUGUUGUUCAUGCGUACGAGCCUCCGUCUAUGGCAGUUUAUCCCUACGCUCAUGGUUCCGCAUACUACGAGGCUAUGCAACUCUCUCUGAAAAAAGACAAGAAAGAAUUGGAAGAGCUGUGGCAGAUGUAUGAGAGGAAAUGCAAGCACUACAAGCUUAAUUACAAGUUGUUCAAGGAGGAAAGUUGCAAACCUGGAGAAGCGAUCUGUAAAGUGGCAAACGAAGAAGAUGCGCAUUUCAUCGUCGUGGGUUCCCGUGGCUGUGGAACACUGCGGCGGACAUUCCUUGGUAGUGUCAGUGACUAUUGUUUGCAUCAUGCUCAUAUUCCUGUAGCGAUUAUUCCACCUCCAAGCUAACUUGAAAUGGCGGCCAAAUUAACUACAUCUUAAAUCAAGACUUUGCGUCUGCCAUUAAUUUGCGGAAAAAUAAUACUAAAGACAGAUGUAAGCAAAGAUUAAAUUAUUUUGAACAGAGACACUCUAGUAGAUUAUAUAUAUAGUAGGUUAUAUACGAUCAACGACAGAUAUAAGCAAAGAUUAAAAUAUUUUUGAACAGAGACACUCUAGUAAAUUUUAUAUAUAGAGAGAUCAUAUUUUAUAUACUGCAAAUGUUAAAGGUGAACAUAUAUUUAACUGACCAAGU